GUACUGGCGGCGUUUACCAUUACUGCUUUCUUCACUCUCUGCUUGUCAAUAUACUGCUUCAUCGUGGGCCGUACCAACGAAGAGCGACAGACGUUCAACCCAGUCGACCGUUUUGGCGUCAGCCCUGACUUACAAUCUCUCAUCGCCUACGAUCUCGUCAAUACCUUUAGCGAUCUUCAGCUUGUGACGGGCCUCGCCAUCUUAGUUGCCGGAUUCACAGAGCUAGCGCAACGGGAGAUCUCGGUCUACCAUUUUCUCAUUAUCACUGACCUCGCAUGGUUCUGCACCAACUCUCAUCUCCUAUCGCUUGUAGUCACUCGAAGAAUGAGAGAUAGCGUCAAGAGAACGCAUCCGCAUCGUUACAAUCACGAGCAAACCGAACUUGCUGCGCGUCUAAGUCGCGCCUUACGAAUCUUUUUCAUGGUCUCCACAUUUGCCUUCCUUGUCUUCGCAUUCUGGGCUACUGGGUUCGAGUUGGUCUAUGCCUACAUGAGCUGCCCGAUGGACUGCAUGUUAAUCUUCCUCACUUGGCGCACUGGUCGUAUCUACUGGAUGGACCACAUUAGAAGCUUCCUUGUUGAUAGGCAAGGCCAGCCAGUCAACGUUUUGAACCCAGAAAUGGUUUUCAAGCGAUGGACAGAAAACAAAGUGUUGAAGGCGCUGAAAGCAUUGCCUUUGGCCUUGUGGUACUUUCUCGCGUCUGAAACAGGGAUGCUGCUUGGACUGACUGGUUACUUCAUAUAUGGGGUAUGCCAACUUGUUCCACUCUUCUUACUCAUCAUUCCCUUCAUGGGCAUCUUUGAGUCUUAUGCUCGACACUCGAAGGCAGUCAAGGAGUGUGAAGCCAAGGAGCUGGAAAGUCGUACAUCAGAGGGAUCUUGA